AUGGACGUGGUAGAUGAGACAGAAGCGUUACAGAGGUUCUUUGAAGGUCAUGAUAUUAUCAGCUCUCUGGAGCCAGCCAACAUUGACACCAGUAUCCUGGAAGAGUACAUCAGCAAGGAGGACGAUAGCACUGACAUCUGUUUCUCAGAGGUCCACAGCACCCCGGGACCAAAUUACUCAUCUCCCCAGGCAGGAGUGUCCUCCGCUGGGGGGUUGGUGUGUGGUGUGAGCCCUCCUAUUCCACUGCGCCAAGGAGCCCCUCCGCCUGGGCCUCCUAACUGUCAGAACGCCUACCCCCCAGGUCCAUCCCUGGGCCUCCGACACAACUACCUCUGCCUGGGACAGCAGCAGCAGCAGCAGCAGCAGCCACACCAACACCACCAGCAACAGCAGGCACACGUCAAGCCUGAGCACAGGGGCCAUUACGCUCCAGGGACACUACCUGAGUCCCCUCCAGACUCCAGCUCAGAGCCGUACUCUCCUCAGCAGGUGAAUGAUCCUCACAUGAUCAGGACCAUGACACCAGAGAACAUGUGUCACAUGACUCCAACGCCACCCCUCCCACCACACGGGCACUAUCCCAGCAUGCAUCGGGACAUGUACCUGAAGCCUGAGCCCAUGAUAUCACAGUAUCCCAUCGGCCCAGCUACAAGCGGAAGUGGAGACAUGCAGCAGACUCAGAUGCUCCAUCAGCUGCUGCAGCAUCCUCAGGGCCAGGACAACAUCCCCGUUCACCAGGCCAAGAAGAGGAAGCACUCCGAGUCUCCCAACAGCACCCUCAAUUCCCAAAUCCUCACAGGUAUCAUCAAACAAGAACCAGGUUUAAUGCAAGAUGCAGACAACUCCUACAUGGACCCAAACUAUCAGUGCAUCAAGUGGCAGCCUCACCAGCAGAACAAGUGGACACCACUGUAUGACGCAAACUGCAAAGAGCUUCCAAUGCCGACCUACCGUGUUGAUGCUGACAAGGGCUUCAACUUCUCCUUGGCCGAUGAUGCUUUUGUUUGCCAGAAGAAGAAUCAUUUCCAGGUCACAGUGUAUGUAGGCAUGCUGGGAGAUCCCAAGUACAUCAAGACAAGUGACGGCCUGCAGCCCAUCGACUGCUUCUAUCUCAAACUCAACGGAGUAAAGGUGGAGGCAGUGAAUCAGUCUAUCAGCGUGGAGCAGUCACAGUCUGACCGCAGCAAGAGACCAUUUAAGCCAGUGCUGGUCACCCUGCCCUCAGAGCAGGUCACAAAGGUCACAGUGGGGCGGCUCCACUUCAGUGAGACCACAGCAAAUAAUAUGAGGAAGAAGGGCAAACCAAACCCUGACCAGAGGUAUUUCAUGUUGGUUGUUGCGCUGCAAGCUCAGUCCCACAGUCAGAGCUACACUGUGGCUGCUCAAGCGUCUGAGAGGAUCAUCGUCAGGGCAUCCAACCCAGGCCAGUUUGAAAGUGACAACGAGGUGCUGUGGCAGCGUGGCCAACUGCCAGACUCAGUCUACCACCACGGGAGAGUUGGCAUCAACACCGACCGGCCGGACGAAGCCCUUGUUGUCCAUGGCAACCUGAAGGUCAUGGGCUCAGUGGUACACCCGUCUGACAUCAGGGCCAAAGAAAAUGUCCAGGAGGUCGACACUACAGACAAUUUGAAACGGAUUUCUCAGAUGAGGCUGGUCCAUUAUCAAUACAAGCCUGAGUUUGCUGCCUGCGUGGGCAUAGAGAACACUGCAGAAACUGGAGUGAUCGCUCAAGAGGUUCAGAAAAUCUUGCCUGAAGCAGUGAAGGAGGGGGGUGAUGUGGUGUUUGCCAAUGGAGAAACUAUCCCCAAAUUGUUAGUUGUCAACAAGGACCGUAUCUUCAUGGAGAACGUGGGAGCGGUGAAGGAGCUGUGUAAACUGACAGACAACCUGGAGACUCGUAUAGACGAACUGGAGCGCUGGAGCCGCAAACUGGCCAAGCUGCGUCGUCUUGACAGCAUGAAGAGCACUGUGAGUGGAAGCACUGUCAGCCAAUCAGGGAGUUAUUUCAGCAGAACAGGAAGUGGCCCACUCAGGAAGAAGCCUGUCAAACCUGGAAGCAAGAAUUCGGUUUCGGAUCAAGGCUGCAUUAGCCAGAGGUUCAUGCAGGGAACCAUCCUGGCACUGGUCAUCGUCAUGGCCUUCAGUGUUAUUUCCAUGUCCGUCCUUUAUGUGUUGACUCUUCACCACAGAGGAGUCGUAACAGAGAAAGAUGGGUCCAGAGCUGCACUGGGAUCCUCACGCAGUGGUUCAUAUACUCCAUUGUCCACCACGCCUGCACCAGCUUGCUGUUCAACUACAGCCAUAAACAACCAAUCAGCUACAGUUGUGACAUUGAGUAACAACCAAUCCACACCAGAUUUAGGCAGCCCGGUUCCAACACCAGGACCCAUUAAUAAGAAGGCCAAGUCCAGACCAAUGGACAAAGACAGCCGCAAUAAAUACCGUCUGAGUCACACCUCAGCACCUUUGUACUUUGCCAAGUCCAAAAGGCCAGCAACCACAGACCAGGGUGAAAUGGGAGCUACCAAUCGUCUGCCUCCAGGUCAGCAGCCGCUACCACGCAGACAGCGCAGCCUACACACAAAGGGAGGAAGGUCAGCUCCCUCUCUGACUAGUCUACAUAUCGUGGAGACAAACCAAGAGAUCUCAGCACGAAAUUGCUCCACACCUGAAAGCUGCAGCUUCACAGUAUCACUCCAUGGAAACAGAAAUUCCUCCAAAUCCCAAAUCACUUUGCACAUGAUGUCCAAGAAAAGCGUGUGGGUACGACAAUGUGGAGCCACCAAGGGACGUUUAUGCCCCAACCACAAAGAGACAGAGCUCCAUGGUGGACAGAGAUCAUCAACAAAGGGGACUCAUCACCUGUGGUCAGUGCCCUUGUUGUCCUUCCAGGACAUCACCUAUCACUUCCGUGUCUCUCUGUCUAGUGAAGUGAGCUGUGCCUCUGAAGGAGAAACCUCGUCAUACUCCGACUACCAUUUUCUCAUUCAGAGCAGCUGUGUGUGAGAAGGCAGACAAUGUGUCCUAGGGCCGUUACAAUAUGCCAUAUUUUCCCUUUGUGGUUCCAUUUGUACGCUGGUGUGAUGGGAUAAGGUUUUGUCUCAUUAUUGUGCAUUGUUUUUUAAGAUAUUCAUCCAGAACAAGCUAUUUACCACUGUCCCUACUGCAAUCCUCUCCAUAUGUCUAUGCAUUAGGCCAUCUCUUUUUGCUGUGAUCACUGGAUCCCUGUUAACUGAGUCCAUUAGUUUUAAACUCAUUUAAUUGAUGAUCACAAAGUGUAGACUCAAUACAAGCCAUCAUUUCUUUUUAACAGGAAGUUUUUAAAUGAAGCCCAGGCUAAGAUACUUAAGAUGACUCUGCACACAUUUUUGUCGCUUUUUUAAAAUUCAAUGAAUCUGUAUCUACAAUGAAACCAGUGUCAACUGAAAACAAAAACACUUUUUAUACACUGGAGAGAAUAUCAUUGACUUCUGCUGAAGGCUUCAGUGAAUGGUUGCAACUCGCACUGAAAAUAUACCUCGGUAGUGCACACUGGCAAAUCCUGGGUCUCUACAGUGGAGCAUUGUGUUUGAGGCUGCUGCAGUCGACUAGACUGUCCACUGUCUCCUCAUGCAAAAUCUGACUAAACACUGCACGGAGAAGGAAAUGCUGUGCAGGGUUUCUUUCUCAAGUGUGACUUUGAAUUAAACAUCAAACUGUUACAUUAACUGUUCAUGCAUAUGCAUACUAUCACACAAAAAAAGCCUUAUUAUUGUUCCUAAAAUGAAGUCAUACUAAUUUCAGCAGAUUCACUGGAAGAAAUGUGAUAAGACUGGAUAAGUAAACAAAUCACUGGAAAUAAAAAUGUAGAAACACUGACAGCUCUUGGCAUCUGAUAGUGGAAAUGCAACAAGUCCAACACUGACAAUAUUUCAAGAAACACUGUAAUAGCUUACACUGUAUUUUGCUUACUGGACAGAAUGCUGGCAAGGCAAUAAAUGGCAUAAAUCAUUACAGGUGCUGCCCAAUCAUUUCUUUAAAAUGAUACAUCUCACUUCAGAGGCAACUCAAAUGCUGCUUCAGCUAUGGAAAUUCUAUUUUAAUGGCUCGAUAAAGCUGAGAGGGAGUUGCAUUUAUUUACGCACACUGCAGAGUUAGAAAUGGAUAUUAUACACUGGACUGUUUUGUGUAUUUCUCUGUAUGUUUUGAAUACUUUUCCUGUGCCUUUACAAUUAAGAAUAUGCAGUGAUAACACCUUGUGUAUAACUGAAUUGUAUGAUGUUUCCUUUUUUAUUAUCUUUUCUCGUUUUAAUGUCAUUCUCCACUCACUCUCACCACCAUGCUCUUUUUAUGUUUGUUAAAAUUUGUUGUCAAAUCCAUAUUCCAUAUGUGUCUGUCUUCACAAAGAAAGACCAUACUAGUAUAUCUUAAAUGUAAAAUCAAUAUUAAAUAGGAAACAGCCAUCAGACAAAAGUUUAUGGAAUUUAUAAUAAUAUUAAGACACUAUACAAUGCUUUCAGUAUAAUAAUGAUGACUUCAGUGGGUAAAGUGUACUAUUUUAGCUUAUUUAUAACGCACCAGCUAGCAUAAUGAAACCACUGUAGCACUUUUUGCACUGUAUAUAUGAACUGCUUUUGCUCUGUCCAGUGCACCAGACUCUGUUCAUAUACUCUGGUAGAACUGCAUUACAUGUAACUGUAUAGCUUCAUUGUGUUACUACCAAUGCUCCUUUUUAUCUGAUAUGUUUUAUCAUAUUGUUUUUUAUAGUUGAUAUUUUUGUGGGUUGUUGUAUUAUCAAUAAUAUAUUAACUUUUAGCUAAUGGAGUCUGGAAAUGAUUGACAAGCAAGUAAACACACACACAUACACCAAUACAUUUCUAAUUUUAGCACUAUUUGUCAUGAGAAAAUGCCAUAACACUACGACUUGAGUACUUAAAUAUCACUACUUUAUCUUUUUUGCCCAUUUUAUCAUUACAUUGUCAAAGCUUUAUGUCAAAAUAUAAAAAAAGCCCUGUAAUAAUAUGUAAA